CCUAUUACCUGUGACUUGACGUUAUUCCCGCAAGGGCUGCUGGGUAACGUAGUCCGCAUUGUCUUUUGCAGCUAUACUGGACAGAGCUCCGUGUACUACAGUUCCCGUGAGCCACCUCGAUGUAAGGCACUUUAAUGAGUUGAAGGUGGUCAGUGAAAUGUCCUUUGUCCUGGUGGGGAGCGCCUGCUGAUGGUUUGCGGUGGAGUUUCCUGUACUUCCUGCUCGUCCCCCUCCCUUGACCCCUGGACCUUCCUCACUAAUGACUGGCUGGAUUGUCCUACCCAUCAGCCUGACUGCAUUUUCCAUUCCUGGGAUAUGGAUUGUGUAUGCUAUGGCUGUGAUGAACCAUCACGUGUGUCCUGUGGAGAACUGGAUGUACAACGUGACAUGUUCCGAUGACAACGCCAAGCAGGGGGCCCCCAAGACCUGCUGUACCCUGGACGAUGUCCCCCUUAUCAGUAAGUGUGGGACAUACCCACCUGAGAGCUGCCUCUUCAGCCUGAUUGGGAAUGUCGGAGCUUUUAUGGUGGUGAUGAUCUGUUUGCUGAGAUACAGCCAGGUCAUCGAGCUCAGCCACAGCUCAUGGCUGAACACUGUUGCUCUGAUCUCCGGCUGCACCAACGCGGCAGGACUAGUCAUGGUGGGGAACUUCCAGGUGGAUUACGCCAAGUCUCUACAUUACAUUGGUGCAGGAGUGGCAUUUCCAGCCGGGCUGUUGUUUGUAUGUCUUCACUGCAUCCUUACUUACCAUCUGGCUGCUAGUGCUCUAGACUACUUUGUAGGACAUCUGCGUGUAAGCCUGACCACUGUGGCCUUAAUAUCCCUUGUCUUGAGUGGUGUUUUUUUCAUCCACGAAAGCUUCCUCCUUCAACACCUGGCUGCCAUCUGCGAGUGGAUCUUUGUCCUGGACAUACUGGUCUUCUACGGGACUUUUGCCUACGAGUUUGGUUCAGUUUCCACAGAUACAAUAAUGGCGGCCCUGCAGAGCUCGGCCGCUCGCAGUUGUAAGUCGCCGGGAAGCAGCAGCACAUCCACCCACCUCAACUGUAACCCUGAGCGGAUUGCCAUGAUUUAAAGAACCAUGUGGUAACGGGCCAUUGACCUACCAGUCCUAACACUCAGGAUUAUUUUUAAGAAUUUUUAUUUUUACCAAAUAUAUAAAGAAAUGUAAGAAGCCAAUUUUAACUCUUUUACAGCCGGAUGGGCCUAAGACGGUCCUGACUGGCAGCAAACGGAUCAUGUGAAACAAAAGUAUUCACAAAGACUCACUUUUUCAUGUACAUUGUCACGUCUGACACUUUUGGGGGAUUUUUUUAUAUUCACUUGUAUUCUUUUUUUUUUUGCAUUUGUGUGUGAGAGUAUUUCAAAAGUAAUAGCUAUUGCUUAAAACAUGUGGAAACCUCUAACCUGAUAAUAUUCAGGAGGAAUUACCCAUACAUUUAUAUAUUGCUUUCUCAUGUACAUUGACUUCAGAAAAUUGCAGCUUUCCCAAUAAGUGUGACUGUUACAGGGUGUUCAUGUAGGGUUCUGUUAAAGAUAGCCCCCUGAGCUCCAGGGUAGGCUGUGUGAUGAGCACAUCUACUGCCGACUAGAUUAACCCCCUAUGGACUUCUCAUAUUUGUAUUUUAAAGGUAUACUCCGGUCCACAGAAUAUACCAUUAAUGCCUCGUGGGUCCCAUCAUCUCUCUGAAGAAGCCACGUCACCUGGUGAGAUGGACACUGACCAUCGCAUUCAGGCUGCAAUCGAGUGCAGAGGUGGCCGGCGUCACAUCACAGUGCAGCGGUUUCCGUAAUCCUGGCCACCUGUGAAUUCAAUCGCGGCCUGCAGUCGCAUCACCUGUCAAGAUGGGGUUGGGGACCUCUGUUUUUGAGGUGGAUGCAGGUCCAGCCUCUAAGACACGGACCUAUCAGACAUUUAUGGUGUAUUCUUUAAGAUGGGAAAACCCAUUGUCUGAUGGCGGAGGUCCCUUAGGACCCCAGCUUAUUUUGUAAAUGGGGUCCUUCUUUGAGCACCUUUUUUUUUUGCAUUGUGCCUUUCCUCUUUUAUUCCUCCUGGACACAUAUGAGUAACUUGACCACUAGGCUUUUUACCGUUCCCCCUUUAAUAGGGCAUGUCCCUGCACAGUUCGAUACUGCCAGAAGAAUGUUGGGACUGGUUCCUCUGACAAAGUGAAUGGUAAAACCCAUUUGUCAAUGUAGUUAUUUUUCCAGGAGGAAUAAUAGGGAGAAAAGCACAAUGCACACUUCUAAGACCAGAGGCUCCAGACAUGUUAUUUUUAAUGGGAAAUUUGCUAAAACAGAGAAGAGCUGGGAGUUUCCACUUAUCCACCGCUGGACCCACCACCGAUCGAGAACGGGGCCCUGCGUCCCCUGGUUGAAUAGAGCAGCGGUCGAGCAUGUGCACUGCCACCCUAUGCAGAGUCUGUGGGGUUACAGAAGACAGCCGAGUACAGUCGCUCCAUUCAGAAGGGGGACAAGGGACCUUUGAUUGAAGGAUAGGUGGUGGGUAAUGAUUUUGGGACGCCCCCUUUAAGGCUACGACAGCUGUAUUGAUAAAUCAUACGGUGGACCCUGAGGCAGGUAGAACAUUGAAUAUCGCGGUGCUAUGCUGAAAUAAUAGAUGCCAUCCUAACUUUCUACACUGAUCCUGGUGGCACAAACGUCGCAUUCCAAGUAGUACAUGCAAUAUGUGAAACCAGCACACUACGUGAUCGUCUUAGAUAAGCUAAUGAGCACUACGGUUUCCACGUGUUUGUACGCAGCUUAGUAUUACGGUAAUGUAUUGCUUUGCAGGCCCUUGGUACAACUGAUGCAGAUAUCAAUACCUCAAAACUGCCAUAUUUUCUGAACACAUUUUUUAUAUGUAGGACAUGGGAACUUUUUGUUUUAUAUGUUGCACGUCAUGAAUAUUCAUACCAGGGUAACACCACAUGCUACAGUAUUUGGCAAUAAAAAAAAAGAAGCAGUACACCAGAUCAGACACUAGGUGUCGAAAUGCAAACCUUAACCAGGGCAGAGACAACGUCCUGUUACGUCAUCUGCGUCAAGGUCACAUAUCCACGAGCCUUAAAACCUUUUUUUGUGUACGGCUUUGUUCAGAAAGAUCUUUUCCUGGAGAAGUGACUGUCGCUGCUGCUUUGGGGUGGGAAGUGCCCUUCCUGUCCGAAACUGUUACAAACUUCCUCACUGCCACUUGACACAUACAGGAAACCUUGUCCUGAGUACAGCAGAGCCGGGAUUCCUGCUCGCUCUGCUAUCCCAGGGGAUCCACACUCUUCUACUUGCUGCUCUAACAGAGGCUCGAAGCCUUGUUUGUUACAGGAUAGCUUUUUUUUAUUGUUAAUAAAGGUGGAAUUUUAUCAUCUG